AUGAGGAAGUUCAGGAAAGAGGAGGCAGUAGAAAUAGCUAGGUCCUUUUUCGAAAGUGUCAUUUCAAGACGGAGUCGUUUUUCAACCAUGGCGCAGGCUGACAUUGCUCUUAUUGGUUUGGCCGUUAUGGGCCAGAAUCUGAUCCUGAACAUGAAUGAUCAUGGUUUCGUGGUCUGUGCUUACAAUAGGACAGUGUCUAAGGUGCAUGACUUCUUAAAUAACGAGGCCAAAGGCACAAAAGUCAUUGGUGCCGAGUCCUUGGAGGACAUGGUGUCCAAACUGAAGACACCUCGCCGUAUUAUCCUGCUGGUGAAGGCAGGCCAGGCUGUGGAUGAUUUCAUUGACAAACUUGUUCCUCUUCUACAGCCAGGAGACAUCAUCAUUGAUGGUGGUAAUUCUGAAUACAGAGACACAACACGACGCUGUCAGAGUUUGAAGGCAAAAAAGCUGCUGUUUGUGGGUAGCGGGGUGAGUGGAGGAGAAGAAGGUGCCCGCUAUGGCCCCUCACUCAUGCCAGGAGGACACAAAGAGGCCUGGCCUCAUAUAAAAGACAUCUUUCAGAGUAUUGCAGCUAAGGUGGGCACAGGAGAGCCCUGCUGUGAUUGGGUUGGGGAUGAGGGGGCAGGACAUUUUGUGAAGAUGGUGCAUAACGGCAUUGAAUACGGAGACAUGCAGCUGAUUUGUGAGGCGUACCACCUGAUGAAGGAUGUGCUGGGGAUGGAACAUGAUGAAAUGGCAGAGGCUUUUGAUAAAUGGAAUAAGACAGAGCUGGACUCCUUCCUCAUUGAAAUCACGGCAAACAUCCUGAAAUACAGGGACGCUGAUGGUACCCACCUGCUGCCGAAAAUCCGAGACAGCGCAGGACAGAAGGGCACAGGGAAGUGGACGGCCAUCUCCGCUCUGGAAUAUGGUGUUCCCGUCACCCUUAUUGGGGAAGCUGUCUUUGCCAGAUGUCUGUCCUCUCUGAAGGAGGAGAGGGUUCUUGCCAGCAAGAGCCUGAGUGGACCCCAGGGGGCCAAAUUCACUGGCAACAAGGCCCAGUUCCUGGAGGACAUUAGGAAGGCCCUGUACGCUUCCAAGAUCAUCUCGUACGCCCAGGGCUUCAUGCUGCUGCGACAGGCUGCGAAAGAGUUCGGCUGGACUCUGAACUACGGAGCCAUCGCUCUCAUGUGGAGGGGAGGCUGCAUCAUCCGCAGUGUGUUCCUGGGGAAGAUUAAGGAAGCCUUUGACCGUGAUUCGGAGCUGCAGAACCUGCUGCUGGAUAAUUUCUUCAGUAACGCUGUACAAGACUGCCAGGACUCUUGGCGUCGGGUUGUGAGUAUGGGUGUGCAGAUGGGUAUUCCAAUGCCCUGUUUCACCACCGCCCUGUCCUUCUACGACGGCUACAGACACGACAUGCUGCCAGCCAACCUGCUGCAGGCCCAGAGGGACUAUUUUGGUGCCCACACAUAUGAGCUCCUGUCCAACCCGGGUCACUACAUCCACACUAACUGGACGGGCCACGGCGGCACCGUUUCUUCUUCCUCUUACAAUGCCUGAGAACAAGACUCCAAUUAGCUCAUCCAGCAGAGAGCACCAGAACGGCCCGACGGACCAGACCAGAGCAGCCUGUCCCCUCAACAUUCCCACUGAACCAAACACCUCCUCCCUCUCUCCCUCUCUCUCUCUCUCUCUCUCUCUCUCUCGCUCUCUUGCUCUUUUUCUCUCUCUCUCUCUCUACGGUUUCUGAAGAGCUGAAAGACAUGUCACUGUAUUACUGAGUUCUAUUCAUGAUAGAAUGUUAAAUCAUAGAGUAUACACUCUUUGAAAAAUUCUCUCUCCUCCAUGUUUUUGUAAUGUAUAGUGAUUUGUUGUGGGUGGGGGCGUCCUUCCACUCACUACACUGGGAGAGAGGAGCGUUUUCAACUCGCCCACACCUUCUGUGGGUGAGGCUCUCCGAUCAUGUUUGCCCCCAAGUUCACAGGUUUAACCCCGGAUUACGAUUAACCAUUGCGCUGUACUAAGCUAAAUAAAGACUUCAAUCCCUUUUUAA